AUGAACACGAAAAGCAACGCCUCGUUUGGCUUGCCUCCCGUCGCGCUCAAUACGGCUUCACCAAGCCAAACCACAAACCCAACGACCUCGGAUCGACCUACAUUGAUCACCUCACAGUUUCCUGGUCAAGCGCUCUACCUUACCCACCCGCAACGGCUUUCGCUGCUGUCGAUCAAGAUCGAUGCAACUACCUCCAUCACCACUACCCGAGCCGCCGUCUUGGCGCAGCAGCAGCUUAGCCCUUCUCUUCCCCCUCCCUCUCCCCCUCCCCCACCGCCCUCUGCCGUCUACCGACAUGCUUCCACUUCCAAGUUGCAUUCACAUCAACCGCCUCCUUCAUCCUUCCACACCAACGCCUCCCACAAAUCCUCUCGUUCUCGUCCCUUGAGUCACGACUUUACUCAAAAAGCCAGAGACGCCCUCAAUGACUUUGGUCGUCUCGCAAAUCGUCGACAGAGCGCAAUCGAAAGGGCCAAUGGCGCUGAAACCCUCGCACGCGUAGCCGACGGUCUUGGUUCCAAACGUGCAUCUUCCCACGACGACCGCGCUAGACCUACAUCAUCACAUCCCUUGAUUCUGCAGCAAGACUCGAACCACCAACCACCAAGCUUCGCUCCACCCAAACUUCCCCUCGAUCCCACAUCGCAACAACAUCUCACUUCGCAAGACGCCCAAGUCGUUCGCUCGCACGCCACGCGCAGCUUUACACUGCUACCGCAAUCAGACUUGCGCUUCCUCUCUCACUCGAUUCCGCUCAGCAUCCAUGCCUCGAUCACCACAUCCUCCGAUCCCUCCACCAUAAUCCCGUCUCCACUCGAAUUCACCACUGCUUCUCACAAUGGCAGCAGCCCCUAUUCUACCUCCGCUCUAGAUCCGUCUCAGUUGCUCCUCAAAGUGGAGCCACCCGCCGAGCUUGCUCGUCAAUCAUGGUCUCGCUCCACCUCCUUCCUCACGCCUCAAAAUGCUUCCCAGUACCAUACCUCUGAGCACCAUUCGGUCAAGUUUCGUUACCGCCUCCGACUCUGUGCAAAAACCGCCUCCCCCACUUCCUACUUGUUUCCUCACACCGAACGCAAUGACGCACCUCCACCCUCCACUCCUCUCGCUCUCGCUCUCGGUCAAGUCCUCUUCCUCUCUGCUGCCUCUCCAGAAAAGCUGAUCGAAGCCAUCGAAUCUCCCUCGUCGUCAAUUGCCUCCUCCGAACUCGCAGCCCUCGAAGGUAUAUCCCGCGUGCAGCUCACUCCAUCCAGCUAUCCUCUCUCUUCCACAGUGACUCGCGGCGCCAGCGAAUUUGACUUUGAGUGGACAUGGAAGUCGCUUGCAAGAUCCAGCUCCAGCAAUGCCUCUCGAUGCUGCUGCGCAUUUGUCGAGAUAAGUCCCGAUGGCAAGUCUGCCACCCUUCUUGCUGCAAUCUCUCUGUUUAUUCAACUGCCGCCGUCCGUUCCCCUACUCAGCAACAUGCUCUCCUCGACCCAGGCCGACACUAUCCCCCAUCAGCGCUUGUCCUCAUCCGAUUCGCUUGCUAUUAUUGCUGCACUCAACCUCGAUCAGGAGCCGUCUUUGCGCACAGACACAGCUCCAGCGCUUUCCUCUUUUCACCAGGAUUCGCACCCCACCAGCUUUAUCGCACCAAGCUCCACUCAACAUGGCUCGACUCGUCUGCUCAUCGACCGUACCGAGCUUGCACUUGAGGAUCUCGUCAACGACUCGCCCAUCUUCCGCGCCGCUCUCGUCAAUCUCGAACGCAGGACCGCAUCCAUCAAGAAAGCCUCCAAGGCCGUGCUCAGAGCUUCGCAAGAAGCGCGCCUUCGCAUAUUCAGGCUCAUCGAAGCCGAACAGGCCGUUGACACAGCCCUACAAGCCCUUGUUGGCAUGGCGCCCGAGACAAUCGGUCGUUUGCAAGACCAACUACUACGCCAAGCACGCAUCGCAACUAUGCAGCACCAGCGAGAACAGGCAAGCGUCAUCGAAUCCUGCCUUGAACGCCCUCUUGCUCAGAUCGUUGAACUUUGCCGUCUAGCUCAGGACGGCUUCAAGCUGUUUGAAAACGAGUCCAAGACCUACUAUUCCCAGACCCAAAAGUGGCUCGCCAAUCGCUCCUCCAACGCCGAUCCAUCCAAUACACCUGCCAUCGGAAAUGACGCCCACCGGCAAGAUCGCGCUGACCAGAAGCAAAAACUGCGCGAGCUUCGUUUCGAACAAGCUCGUCUGGACCUCUUUGCUAUGCUUCAAAGGCUCCAUGGCGGCCGAGCUGAAGCUCACCUAGCACGAUCCAUACUUCAACUCACCCAGUGGCUCGUCGAUUUUCCUAACAAGCCUCAUUGGCCCAGCCACACACAAACAUCCUCCCUGUCAGCCCUAGAUGCGAGCUUGCUAGAUGCGCUUGAUCACCAAGCUUUGCAGCUACAAGAGGUCGAGUCCCGCUCGCGUCAAGUGGCAGAUAGGGCUCGAAUGCUCGAACAUGCGCUCGGCAAGAUCGGCGACGCCGAUAUCGACAUUCUUGGUGCACAUCGCUUCGAAAUCGACCAAACUUCCCCAGCACCCUCCAACUUCAACGGCGCAGUCUCCUCGAAAACACGCAAGUUCAAGUCAUUCCUCGGAGUCUUUGCUGCGGGUAUUCAGAGCUCGCCACUCACGUUGAGCAAGAACGCGUCUCCCAAUACCGAGUCUGCCGUCAAGCAAGUCGAGCUAGUUGCACCAGUAGACGGUGCACAGCUGCCUUACCAACAUCCUCGCAGACGCCACUCGAUGAAAGAGAAAUUCAAUCAUGUUCGACAGCCUGAUGUCGGCAACACAUCCCCCUUCAAGUCACACGCGCCAUCUAGCUGGGUGUACAACAAUCUACCAGCGGCCCCUCGCAGGGGUUCGGAAUUGCACGAAUCCAGCAGGCUGAGAGAUGACGCUGCUUCGGAUCAGCUUUCCCUCCAUGCCUCCCAAGAUGCGAGCGAAGGAGCUUCCUCCAUGGCAGGCGCUCACGAAUUAUCCAGAACUUCGACAGCUGAACAGGGGCUUGGGAUCUUUGAGCCAGCAUCCGCCAAUACUGUACAAGAGUAUGGCCUCAGCCCCGCGCCGGGCCAAUGUUCUGGCCCAAUCGCUCCAAGUCUCACCACAGGUAGCGAUCGCAAGAAAGAAGGCGUCCUUUGGGUGUCGACCAAAUCUGUCACCGGUCCAGUCGGAGCGGAUGCGCCGCGUGGCAUCAAUCGUUCCAAUCAUUGGCGCGAAUGCUGGGUCGUGCUUUCUGGCUCUGGUCAGAUCUCCGAAUUUGCCGACUGGAAGAACGCCAAAGCGCUCGAGCCUACCAAUCCGCUCAUCGACCUGCGCUUUGCGACGGUCCGUGAGGCACGCGGUGUCGAUCGUCGCUUUGCAUUUGAGAUUGUGACGCGCGACAGCAGGCGCCUCUUUCAAGCCCCUGACGAAGAAGCGAUGCGUGAUUGGAUGCGUGCUAUUUCCAAAGCGAUUGAGAGUCUCCUCAACGGCACAUCCAGUGUUCGCAAGCUUGAUCGCGCGGUUCGAGCUUCGCCGUUCCGCAGUUCCGACUCAGUCCAACAACGUCCAGCUGAUUUCGACGAAGAUGAAGAAGUGCCAGGUGUUGGCGAAGGCAAUGAUUUCGCUGUGCGGAAGCUUCUCGAUCGUACCACAAGAUCUUCAACUCAGAGUAUGAAUGAUCUUGCUGCUUCUGCAAAGGCUCAGGACAGCGAUCGUAAGGACCGAGCCAAGCUAGGAGCACAUCUCGCAGGUCUCUCGGAAAGUCACGCCGAGUCGUCCGUCCAAUCGUCUCGUCGACGAUCACAGCACCAGCGUGGCAUUUCGAACAAGACGCCCAUCUCGGGUUACUUGGGAGCAGGUAAACUCGGUCUGACAGCCAGCGAUGUGGCUGCAUUGCAUCGACGAGACGGCACGCAACUCAGCGACGACGCUUCCAUCUCUUCCAAAUCGACCAGUGGCGAGCAAGAUGCCGAAUUCGAUCGGCAGAUCGAAGCUGUGGUUCACAAGAGCUACGGAUCACGCGACGACACGGGCACAAGCCAUUCUGGCUUUUCCUUCAAUUCGGCUGUUAGCGGCGUAGACGAGAUGGGCAAAUUUAAAGCCAACGCUUCUGCCAGAGCCACAUCAUCUUCGUCUCCAUCAAAAGCUACGAGUGCUGCGAACGCAAGUGUCACAAGCACGGCGACCAGCACCAAAAUGUCGCGUUCUGCAGAGAUUGCGGCUAUCUCGCGACGACCCGAGAAUCGACACUGUGCCGACUGCCAAGAAAGCGACCCACGUUGGGCAUCGUGGAUGCUCGCCAACCAGCCAUGCUGCAUCUUCAUCUGCAUUCGCUGCUCUGGAGUGCAUCGCUCGUUGGGUGUUCACAUCUCCAAGGUCAAGUCGGUCGAUCUGGACGACUGGACAGAAGAGCAGCUGCAGGCUGCUCGCGACUGGGGCAAUGUUCGUGCCAAUGCCUUGUGGGAGCAUUCAAAGCCAGCUGGUUUGCUUCCUCUGCCCAGUGAUCGCAAGGAAUUCUGGCGUCGCAAGUAUACUGACCAGGAAUGGAAGGACCCAAAUCCAAAAAUUCUGCGUGAUGCUCGUCCCUGUUACAACUCAAUCACGGAUGCUCCAGACAACAAUCACGAUGCGACACCCACGCGGCGAUCCGCCUUAAUCACGGAGGCGUCACCAGACGUCGUCACACCGCAGAGUAAGAGUCAAAGCCAUGCGCAAGAGCUCGGGCUUCGUAUCAUGCCCAGCGAUCAGACAGCGUCCUCCAAUGGCUCAGCCAAAUUCCCCGAUGUACCAGGCUCCCCAAGACCAAAUGGGCCGCGCCCUCUGCCUCAACAACGUUCGGUGACGAUGCAAGCAUCCGCAAUCUCAUCACUUUCCUCACCGACUGCAGGAAAACUGGCAGGUGUCAAACCGAAUCUAACAAGUCCUGAUUCACCCAACAAGCAAGACAGGGCUGAUUGGACUGCUCGCCAGACCUCCUUUGCAAGCGACGACGAGGCUCUCACGGGCUUGGUAGCCUCAAUGAUGACGGAAUACGCGAGUCUACGACAAGACUUCCCAAAAGAGUCGUACCCAUCAUGCGCACCAUCGAUUCCGACCUCAACGUCGGCACCGCCCAUGUCCAGUCUGACAUCCACCAACCCACACGUGAGCAAAGCAAUGCUAGCUGCUCGAGCCGACCGGCGCCUGUUCCCCUGUCUGGCCUCCACGGAGGCGGUAGAAACUCUGCCAUCGAACAAUGCCAAAGUGCAAGUCUCGUCGCCACCAUCGACGUUCUUUGUCUCGGAUAUGGGCGCGCACACGUCGUCUCGUAUGCUCUUCGAUGGACCUGGGCGCGGCGAAGCGGCUUGGGAUGCUACGUCCGAAAUUGGGACAGAUCACCACGAAGGACGAAGCACGGAGUCUUUGCCAGCCAUUACGAACCCUCCAGCGCGAUUCGACGCUUUUGCAUCACAUGCUUGA